AUGAAUAUUAUCAAAUUAGAAUGUAUUAUGAAGACAAAACAGAAACUGAAGAGGGAGAAGAAAGUGAUUAUGAUUAUGAUGAAUAUAGUGAUGAGGAGGCGGAUUAUUCAGUUCUUUUUGAUACAUUUCCAGUGGAAAAAUUUUCCACUAAGAAGAUGUUCAUUUUUUGAUAAUGACAGUGAUAGUGAAGAGGAGGAUUCAUCAUCAGAUGAGAAUGAAAAUGGAAAACAAAAAGAAAAAGAAGAAAAAAUUCUUGACGAAGAGGAAAAACGGCACAAGGAGUUAAUGAAAAGGAGAGGUGAAAUUCCUCUGACUCGAGCUUAUGUGUAAGAAAAUUUUAAAGUGAACGGGGUUGGACCACAAAAAUUGGGUGCUUACUGUUUUAGGCUUUGAGGUAUUCAAAAAUAUCUGCCCUAAAUAUUGAUUGAAGUUGUUUUGUGAUGUUUUUUCUAUUUUUCAGAAGAGGCGAGCUGGCAAAACAAAGUCGCCGUGCGCAAUUUUCAUUAUUCGAAUCAGCAAAGUUUACACCUUACGAAGGUUAUUAUCCAGAAGUUGCUUGGAAUUAUUUCAGAACAUUUCUUGAGAAACGACAAAAAUCAGUUGGUGUUAUUGAGAUUAAGAAUGUUAUAAAAAUGUUCGAUAUUAAUAAAAUCAAAGUUAGAAAAUUUGAUCGAUUGGAACGUCUGGAUAUUUGCGAAUCUUACAUGUUCAAAUUUUUCUUGGAAAGAAUUCCAGAUAAAAUCAAAAACGUGAAAUUGAGUGGCGGAUUAACAGGAAUUAUUCAAAACUUAUCUGGUAUUGUUGAUUCCUACCCAAAGGUUAGUUUUUUAUUGGAAUUUUGGUUCAAAAAGGGUCUCACUUCAGAUUCUCAAUGUCACUGAUUCAUUAUCGAUCAGAUGUGUCAAUAUUUCUUAUGAUGGUUUUCUUCGUUUGAAUGCUCGAAAAAUCAAAGUUCCAAUAGACGAAAUUAAAUAUGAAGAUGUGAACAAUUUCAUAAAAUUAUGGAUUGAUGGAAAAAUAUCGAAAACAAAGUUCGAUAUGUGCCGAUUCAAUAAACAUUCUGAAAUCAAAAUGGAUCAAAUUCUCAAAGAUUUGGAAUACGUUGAGAUUGGAAAUCAUGUGAAACGUGAACGGUAAGUUGAAUUAAAAUGUUUGAUGCGAAACUGAUAUGACACAGAAAAAUUGUUAACUGCUGAUUUAAAGACACAAGAGCACCUAGAAAUGAGCAGAAAAUGAGUUUGUUAUUCAUUCUCAACACCUUUCAAGUAAUCGAAAUUCAUGAAAAUCUGGAAAAAAUUUUGAGUCUAGCAAAAGUGAAAAAAUAAAAUAAUUGUUUUUGAAAUCGCUCAGCCGACGGAAAUUUCGAAAGUGUUUGCACACAGUGUGUCGCUAGAGCGCACAUGCUGGUUUUGUCAUUUGAAAAUAAAUGCGGGAAAUCUGUUUUUUCCAGUGUUUCUUGUGUCUUUAAAAAUUGAUUUUCAGUUAUAAUCAUUUCUCAAUGAAAAAACGUCAAAUGUAUCGAAUCGUGCAUAAAAUCGAUCCAAACUAUUUCAUAGAUGUCCUAAAAUUCGAAAAUAUUCUGAUUCUUUGUGUAAACAGUGAUGUGAAUGAUGGAUAUGAAAACAAGAAGCAUCUUUGCAAUGUCAAUUUUUGUUGUCAGAAAAGUUACAAGGAAUUGCUGAACAACAAAGGACCGAUGUGGUGGUGA